UUCGAUAGGUCUCAGAACCACUACUGCUUGUUAUCGACAAUAAAAUUAAAUAUGGCGUCGUCGUGCUGAACGGUCUUUGGCUCUGGCUCUUUGACGAAAAUUUUUUUGUAAUAACAUUUAUCAUAAUUGUUCGUAUUCGUUGUGCGGUGUCAAUCGUGUGAACGGGCGCGUGCUGUUUCAGCCAGUCCGUCGAUCGCCCCGCCAUAUUCUUAGUGUUUUAAGUUAGACAAGACGAAGUGCCGAGUGCAAAAAAAAAUAAAACAACGGAGAGAGGAAACGACGUCGACAAAAUGAAAAUGCAUUUGUGAAUUUUCGCCCCAACACUUGACUCAACAUACACCCAUACACCCAAACAUACACACACACACAGACACUUGAGCCCAACGAACUCGGAAAAGGAUUGGGAAGAAAACACGCGGCCCUAAACGAAGGCCUUGGAUACGAAGGAAGAGACAGAGAAUCAGAAUCAGCAAACAUUUAACAUCCAACAGAACACACAACACAACAACAACAACACAAUGGCGCUAGUGACAGUGCAGCGUUCGCCAAGUGUGGCGGGCUCAUGCUCAAAUUCGGAUGGCGAAGCCGAGGACGAUGAGGGUAAUAGUAAUAACAAAAGCGAGAGGAGUGAAUGUUAUUUUGCUGGCAAGGGAACUGCCUUGGUGUUGGCCCUUAAGGACAUACCACAACACUCGGAGCGACGCUUAAGCACGGACUCCACACGCUCCAGCAACAGCACGCAAAGCAACAACUCGGACAUUCAACUGCAUUUACAGUCCAUGUUCUAUUUGCUGCAACGCGAGGAUACCUUGAAAAUGGCUGUUAAACUGGAGUCACAGCGUUCGAAUCGAACGCGAUAUCUUGUGAUUGCCUCGCGCAGCUGUUGCCGCACGGCGGCUUCCGGCGAGCGACGCUCUAAAAUAAUGCGUCACAAUUCCGUCAAGUCGGCGCCACCCAGCACACCUGUUGCCCAACGCCAACUGUCGGUGGACAGUCACAAGGCGCAGCAGGCAACGCAGGAGGAAACGGCAAAGCGUCUGUCGGUUAACGCCAAUCGUCAAUGCCUAAAAUGUGAUGCGGAUAAUCGGGAGUCGGGCGAUAACAACAAGAAUACCUCGGGCAUGGAGGAGUCAUGUCUCUUGGGCAUUGACUGCAACGAGAGGACGACCAUUGGCCUAGUUGUGCCCAUUCUCGCUGAUACCACAAUACACCUGGAUGGCGAUGGCGGUUUCAGUGUUGCAGUCUACGAGAAGACCCACAUCUUUAAGCCCGUAUCAGUGCAAGCGAUGUGGUCGGCUCUGCAAACGCUACACAAAGUGUCUCGAAAGGCUCGUGAAAACAACUUCUAUCCAAGCGGACCAUCGCACGAUUGGUUAACCAGCUACGAAAGUCGCAUUGAGUCGGAUCAGUCGUGUCUAAACGAAUGGAAUGCCAUGGAUGCGCUUGAGAGUCGACGACCCCCCUCACCAGAUGCCAUAAGAAACAAACCAACCGCCAAGGAGGAAACUGAAAGUGUCAUUAAAAUGAAGCUCAAAGCAAUCAUGAUGUCAGUGGAUUUGGAUGAGGUGACCUCCAAGUAUAUACGCGGUCGCCUGGAGGAUUUAUUAGAUAUGGAUCUGGGCGAGUACAAGUCGUUUAUUGAUGCCGAAAUGCUGCUGAUAUUGGGACAAAUGGAUGCGCCAACCAAAAUCUUUGAGCACGUCUAUUUGGGUUCGGAAUGGAAUGCCAGUAAUCUUGAAGAGUUGCAAAAGAAUGGUGUUCGGCAUAUACUGAAUGUAACGCGAGAGAUUGACAACUUCUUUCCGGGCACCUUUGAGUACUUUAAUGUGCGUGUCUAUGACGAUGAGAAGACGAAUCUUUUAAAGUACUGGGAUGACACAUUUCGCUAUAUAUCGCGUGCCAAGGCGGAGGGAUCCAAGGUGCUGGUGCAUUGCAAGAUGGGUGUAAGUCGCUCAGCUUCAGUGGUCAUUGCCUAUGCCAUGAAGGCCUACAAGUGGGAGUUCCAGCGUGCUCUGCAGCAUGUGAAGGAGCGUCGCAGUUGCAUCAAACCGAACAAGAACUUUCUUAAUCAGCUGGAGACGUACAGCGGAAUGCUGGAUGCCAUGAAGAACAAGGAGAAGCUGCAGCGCAGCAAGAGUGAGACGAAUCUGAAGAGCACAAAGGAUGCACGCUUGCUGCCGGGCAGCGAGCCAACGCCAUUGAUCCAGGCUCUCAAUCAGGCCAAGUCAAAGUCUAGCGGCGAGACAACAACAACAACGGAACAACAGGAUAACAGCAGCAUUGGCGGAAUGAGCAAUCGUGGCCAGCAUCGAAGGGGCAGCGCACAAAAGCAACGACGCAUGCUGCGACGCUCGAGCAGCACAUCGCCCAAGACGCAGAGUGCCGUGGAAGUGACCAAACAACAAAGUCAAUCCAUGGAGAACCUGACGCCGGAGCGUAGUGUGGCCGAAGAGCCCAAAAAUAUGCGAUUUCCGGGCAGCAAUGGUGAGAACUACAGCGUCACCCAGAACCAGGUGCUGCACAUACAAAAGCACACGCCGCUGUCGGUGCGUACGCGUGUUCAUGAUCUCGAGGCGCAUCAGGAGCCACCACGUCGCAGUCUGCCAACGCAGGCCCCGCCAGCGCAAUCCCAAGGACCCGUAUGGACCUCACUCUCCAAGCUGAUAACGCAAACAUCAUUUACGCAACGCGAAUCCAGCACAACGGAGGUGAACGUGCCCGUCGAGGAGCGUGAGAAACGUCAACGUCGCAAAACGCAAUCGUGGACGGAAUCGUUUGGACCCAGCGGUGGCAUCAUACUCGACGCCCUGCCUCACCACCAACCGCAAUCGCAAUCGCAUGUUGCCCCCAGUGCCGUUGCCGCCGUGGCACGCAAUCGUGGUCCUCGACCGCGUGAGUUGCCUUCACGUCAUGCCAGCUGGGGAUCGGGUGACAAUCGCAGUAGUUUGCCGCUGCGCACAAGUUCCUGCAGUUACUACGACAGCAAUCGCAACACAACGGCCAUUUUUGAGGGAGAAAUCCAGGAUCUGAAGCGCAGCAGCAGCAGCAGUUGCGGCACAACUACAACCCCAAGUAACUGCAAUGCCAGUGAAUCGACGACAACAACAUCGACAGCAUCAUCACAGCUGGGCAACGUGAAGCGCACCAAGCAGAAGCUCGAAGAGAAUACGGCGUUGUUGAAGAAGCGCUGCCAGCAGGCGCAGGAGGAGGAGCAGGAACAGGAGCAGCUGGAGGAACUGACAACAGCUGAAAAGAAGUGUGUCAAUCUGUAUCGCAGCGCAUCGUCGGUGGGCAGUCCGCGUCAACGGCAGCCAAUACGUUGCAACAGCGAGGAAUUGAUGCACACCAGCGACAUUGAGAACAAGAACACAUCUUCGGAUCUGGUUGUUGUGUUGCGUGGUGGCCAAAGCCAGGCCGUCACGGAGGAUCAACGCAUUUCCGGUAAUGUGCAAAUACUCAAGCAGAACUUUGAAGCCAAAGCCACCGCAGUGGUGGGCGUGUCGGGGGCGGGGGGAGGCAGUACAGGUGUUGCCACAGCUGGUGUUGCAACAACAGCGACAAACAAGAAGGCGACUCAUCAAUCGCUGCCCUCGUCACCAGUAGCUCAGCAUGCGGAUCAUGUGUUGAUCGACAAUAUGCCGACAGCAGCGGCAGCAACAACAACAACAAUUGCAACUGCAGCUGCAACAAACAACUGCUCGUCCAGCACAUCUGCCAAUUCAUCCGACUCCAGCGUAAGCGAAACUUGUGAUCGUAAUGUAAAAGGUCUAGUGCAUAAAUAUCAAACCACUUCUCGUAGUAACAAUGCCGUUGCCAGCACAACGACAGCAACAGCAACACUGCCCCCACCCACCAACAACACCACAUCAGCAGCAUCAACAACAACAGCAGCAACAACAACAACAGCAGCUGAAAAGGGAGGCGGCGAUCCAGAAAUGAAGGGUUGGCUCUUAAAGUGGACAAACUAUAUCAAGGGAUACCAACGCCGCUGGUUUGUGCUCUCCAAGGGCGUGCUCAGCUAUUAUCGCAACCAGUCGGAAAUCAAUCACACCUGUCGCGGCACAAUCUCGCUCCAUGGAGCACUCAUCCAUACGGUGGACUCGUGCACCUUUGUCAUCUCAAAUGGCGGCACACAGACGUUUCACAUCAAGGCCGCCAACGAGGUGGAGCGUCAGUCGUGGGUGACCUCAUUGGAGCUGGCCAAGGCGCGUGCCAUACGUGCCAUCGAGAGCGAGGAGGAGGAGGCCGAGGAGACGGCUCAAGUGGUGCCAAGCCAGGAGAUCAACACGGUGGUGCGGGAUCUAACCGAACGACUGGAGAACAUGCGCACCUGCUACGAUCUGAUAACGAAACAUGGAGCAGCUCUGCAGCGUGCUCUCAAUGAUCUGGAAUCGAACGAGGAGGAAUCGCUGGCCAGUCGCACAAAGAUUGUCAAUGAGCGGGCCACGCUCUUUAGAAUCACAUCGAAUGCGAUGAUAAAUGCGGGCAAUGAUUAUCUGCGCUCGGCGGAGUCCCAGGGCCACAAGUGGUCCAAGAUGCUGCAUCACGAGCGCGAGCAGCGACAGCGGCUGGAGGAGAUCAUAGAGCAGAUGGCCAAACAGCAAUCUCAAAUGGAGCAGGCUGCCGUAAGGGUGCGUCGUACGAAACCCACGACACAAUCCUCCGGCGCAGCCACAAAUCCAAAUCCAGGUGCGAUACUCACCUCGGAUGAUGAAACGGAAUUCUUUGAUGCGGAGGAGCAUGGAUAUACGGGUGAGCCGGGUGAAUCGCCGUCGGAUGGCACGUUUAUCCUAAAGCUUAACAAGCGCCGGAGCAGCUCCGAGGAUCAGGUUGGCUCCGAGGGUCAGACGGGCAGCUCCUCGGAAAGCGAUGAGACGAAGCGCACCGUCCAGACCGUGCAGCAGGUUUGCCUUAUAAGCGCCGCCCGCAUGUUAUCCGGUAAGGAGGAUGAGGAUCACGUGGAUCGAGUCUCGAAUCAACGGCAGGAAGACAACAUCCAGCAUAAUCCCGGCCCCAGCAGCACAGAGCAGAAGGUGUCAGUCCGACGUACACGUGUCCCGGAUAAACCAAAUUAUCCCCUUAGCCUGUGGUCCAUCAUGAAGAACUGCAUUGGCAAGGAUCUGUCCAAAAUCCCCAUGCCCGUCAAUUUCAAUGAGCCGCUUUCGAUGCUGCAGCGCCUGACGGAGGAUUACGAGUACGCGAAUAUACUGGACAUUGCCUCCGCCUGCACGGAUGAGUGCGAGCAGUUGGCCUAUUUGGCCGCCUUCACCGUCUCCACCUAUGCGACGACCACGAAUCGCACGGGCAAACCCUUCAAUCCGCUCCUGGGCGAGACCUUCGAGUGUGAUCGCAUGGACGAUCUGGGUUGGCGCUCCUUGGCCGAGCAGGUUUCACAUCAUCCGCCCAUUGCAGCGCUGCACUGUGAGGGCAGGAAUUGGACGUGCUGGCAGGAGUUCUCCAUGACAAGCAAGUUCCGUGGCAAGUAUGUGCAGAUCAAUCCCCUUGGCGGCGCCUAUGUGUUGUUCCCCAAGAGCGGAUCUCGCUAUUCCUGGCGCAAGGUGACCACGACUGUCAACAAUAUAAUUGUGGGCAAACUGUGGGUGGAUCAGCACGGCGAGAUGGAGAUCAAGGGCACCAAUGCAGCCGAGGGCAACAAGUGCAUUCUAAACUAUAUACCCUACUCCUACUUCAGUCGGGAGGUGCAGCGGACGGUGAAGGGCGUGGUUAUCAAUCGCAAGAACGAGGUCAAGUGGGUGGUGCGUGGCACCUGGGAUGAUAAAAUCGAAAUAGCACCUGUACUGAGGACGAAUGGGUCAAUGGACAGUCCGACCUACAUAACUGGCGAUUACAAGAUCGCAUGGAAGCGUCGUCCAGCUCCACCAGAAUCGGAAAAGUUUUACAAUUUCACCACAUUGGCCUGUCAGCUCAACGAACCGGAGGAAGGUGUUGCGCCCACAGAUUCACGUAUGCGUCCGGAUCAACGGCUGAUGGAGGAGGGCGCUUGGGAUGCGAGUAACCAGGAGAAAUUGCGACUGGAGGAGAAGCAGCGAACGGUGCGUAGAGAGCGUGAGACCGAAGCCGAGCAGGCCGCUGCCGAAGGACGACCCUAUCCGGCCUAUGAGGCCAUGUGGUUCAAGCGGGAGAAGGAACAGGGCAGCGAUGAGUACGUUCAUGUCUACAAGAAUACAUAUUGGCAGGCCAAGGCAGCCCAAGACUGGAGCGGUUGUCCGGAUAUCUAUUAAUUCUAAUUGCUACACCGUUAUGCUAACAACAAAUUAAAAACAAAAAUGAUUUCAAAUAUUGAAGAUGAAUCCUCGAAAUCGCAUCCGAAAUCCCCGAGCACAGUUACAGUCAACUAAAACUAGAACUCUUUCCGAACUAUCAACUCUAAUCAAUGUAAUAACAUUUUUCAACUACUUAGCGCAUACAGAUUUAUUAUAUAUACAUAUAUAUCUUUAUAUAUAUAUAAAAUUAUUGUAAAUUAGCUGCAAAUGUUGGAACUGAAAAUGUUUUUAUGAUGACGCACUGAGAGCGUUUAUCAAAUUGUUUAUCAUUGGUUCUUUAUUUUUUUUUAUUUUAUUCAAUCUAUGCUUUUAUCAAUUAAUUAUGAAUAUGGCACAUACACCUUACCAUCCAGCAUACAUACAUACAUAUAUCUAAUCUAUAUACUAAAUAUGUAGACGAUGUGCAAGUGAAAAGCGAUCCAAAACUUUUCACUCUAAACAAAAACACACAAAACAAGUUUUCCUCUUUGGCCGCAAAAUGUUUAUUGCCUUUGUUGUGUACAUAAAAAAAUCAAAAGCAAAUAAAUGGAAGAGAAGAAUCUAAAAAAAUGCAA